UAGUCAUUUAAUUUUACUGUUGAUUUCUAAAUAGGUGAUGGAUCUUAAACCAGUUUUGUUGUUGAUUGCAUCUUUAUGCUUCGUAUUGAGUCAACGACCUUUUUACGCUGGGAAACAUCCGAUUGGUUAUCCGGAAGUAGAGGAGACUUCUGAUGAUGGCGGAUCUACUGAAUUUCCAUUAGAAAGAUUACCUCUCGAAGCUCGCGGAGAUAUAGAACUAGUAAAAAGGUUAAUCAAAUUACCGAUAGAUCAGCAACCGUUUUGGCUUAUCAACUGGCAAGCUUUGGAGUGGUACAGGCAACAUCCAAGGACAUAUCCCAUACGUCAGAAUUCAUUCCUCGAUAACCAAUAACUUUUGAUUAAAAAAAAUACUUUCUUCUGCUAAGAAAAAACUGCUUCGAAUAACCUUUCUUUCUCUCUCAAAGGAUUUUGCUUUAUCUUUUCUAAUAGUGAGUUGUAGUGCCGAAACAUCUGUCUAAAAAUGUAUUGUUUUCCUUUUCAUUAUCUCUGGAAAACCAUAGAUAAAAAUAUAUGUAGUUUCGGCAGUUAAAGUCUACUGUUAGGUAGAUAACUUGUGGCAGUUUUUUUCGAGGCAAUUGAAAUAAAACACGAUUGUACUUUUAGGAAUAUUAACAUAUUCAAUGUAUAAUUACACAUACAAAACAAUAGCAUACUUGAAGUAAUAAAAACACAUCAUAUUGACUUUUUUUU